UCUCUCAAAUGAGUCAAAUCCAAAACCCCCCCUUAAAAUAAUUAAAUUUUAUUCAAUUGGACCAAGCUGUUUCUAGAAAUUGUCUCAUUUUUUUUUAUAAAAAAAAUUUCUCUCUGAUGCGAAAGUGGAUAACUCUACCUCAGAAAAAGAGAAAAUCGGCUUCAAUGGAGGAACCUAGCAAUGGUAAACGUGGUGAGCCAAACGCGCCGUUUGGUGCAUCAAAUGAUGGGUUGACAAGUAAUGGGCUCAUUCCUCAGUUAUUUACCUCUGUACCAACACUAAAUGAAGCUGCAUCUUAUAUAGCACAAACAACUUCUAUAUUUACUGGUUGUUUCUCUGAUAAUUCUGUAGAACCCUCUAGAGAUUCUAGGAAUCCCAUUGUACAUGCACAGGAGUUAGAAACGUUUUCUUGUGGACAACCUAGGGGAUAUGUGGCUUCUAUUUGUGAUCUCCCGUCUUCAAGUGGAAGCCAUCCAACAACGCAUGCUGAAUCAUCUAAUACUGCAACUGCUGCUCCCAUAAAUGGUGAAAUAACUAGGACAUCUACUAGAGUGGCAUCCGAAGAUGCUAGCGCACGUGAAGAAUCUAAUCCUACUGGAGGAAUUGGAAUUUCCAUGUUUAAAAGCCUUAUUGACCGGGCUCGUCGAACUGUUCGUGGGUCUGCAGAUGAUAUAGGAUGGCUACAACGUGCUUCAGGAAUGCCACCAGUUGAAGAUGGAACUGAAAGGUUCACGGAAAUUCUUGACAAUAUCCGGCAUGGUCUUCAUAAGUUGCCAAACUCAAUGGUGUACUUACUUGUUCCAGGUCUAUUCAGCAACCAUGGACCACUUUAUUUUGUUAAUACAAAAAUGAGAUUCUCCAAGAUGGGUUUGGCCUGUCAUAUUGCCAAGAUUCACAGCGAGGCUUCCGUUGAGAAAAAUGCCAGAGAGAUAAAGGAGUACAUUGAGGAAAUCUAUUGGGGUUCUAGGAAACGUGUUUUGCUUCUUGGACAUAGCAAAGGCGGAGUAGAUGCAGCAGCUGCCUUAUCAUUGUAUUGGCCUGAUUUGAAAGAUAAGGUUGCUGGAUUGGCAUUAGCACAGAGUCCAUAUGGUGGUAGCCCCAUACCUUCAGAUAUCUUGCGAGAAGGACAGCUUGGUGAUUAUGUCAAUGUACGGAAACUCAUGGAGAUUCUGAUCUGUCAAGUGAUUAAGGGUGAUUUGCAAGCUUUGGAAGAUUUAACUUAUGAGAAGAGGAGAGAAUUUUUGAUGAAACACCAAUUGCCAAGAGAACUCCCUGUGGUUUCCUUCCACACAGAAGCUGGCAUUUCUUCUACUGCUUUAGCCACAUUAUCUCAUGUUGCACAUGCUGAACUACCUGCAGUUUCUCCCCUAUCUGCAAGUGAUCAACCUACAAAACUUGCAGUGGUAAUUCCCCUUGGUGCUGUAAUGGCUGCAUGCGCCCAGCUGCUGCAAAUCAGGUAUGGUGAGAAGAGCGAUGGGCUUGUCACAUGUCGUGAUGCCGAAGUCCCUGGAUCCGUUGUAGUUCGUCCAAAACGUAAAUUAGACCAUGCUUGGAUGGUGUACUCAUCAUUGAAUGAUGACCCAUCUGAAGCAGAUGCCUCCCAAGUGUGCGAGGCUCUUAUGACAUUGGUGGUGGAAGUUGGGCAGCAAAGGAGGCAUGAACUUGCAAUGAAAGAUGAAUGAGGCCAGUGAGGCUGUUCUUUUUUCUUUUAUAUAUAUAUUUUUUUCCUCUUCUGCAAUCACUCAGAACUAGUUUAGAGUCUGCUAAAUUUGUGUAUAAAUAUAGAUGAUACCCACUUCAAUAUGUUUAAAAAUUUGUUGAAACCAAAACUUAAGUCAUAGUCAACUAGUAUACUAAUUUGCACGGACAUGGGGGCGGAUUCAAUACAAGUACGGGUACAUGGGUAUGACAUUUCUUGAAAAA